UUACCCCCCCGCCUCGGCUCGGGCGGACGCCCGUGCAUCCUUCAGCCUAGUCCGCCCCGCUGCUCGGCCGCCCCGGAGCUGGGGGCAGGGUGCCGGGGAAAGCGUGGGGCUUGGCUCUCUGAUUCAUUCAUUCUCCACCGACGGGAGCCUCCGACCCGCUGUGCUCCGGGGAGAAGAGGGAAGCGGGGGCACUUGCGAAUGAAGGGCCGGGCGCGAGCCGGGCUCCAUUGUGCUCGGCUGCGGGGGGCGGGAAGGGGCUGAGGGAGGUGGGAUCGGGCCCCCUCCCCCUGCUCCCCGGCGUGCGCUGCGCCCCCAGCCUGCUGCCAGCCUGGAAAUGGCUCCGUUUAUUCUCGGGAGGAUGAAUCGAUCCUGUCCAGCCUUCUCUUCCUCCUCUUCACCUCCUCUGAGCUCCGAGUCUUAGGAGGGGAAAAAUUUAAACGACAGAUUCCCAUGUGGAGUGCCGUGCACGUCGCGAGCUGCUGGGUUUGCACUUAGAGGAGAUUUUUCUAUAUAGUUUUUUUUUUCCCUUAAUGUAACUGCAGGGAAGCAGUGGCAUUACUGCGUUUAGGAUUUUUAUUAAAGUGCACGUCGCGUUGGGUUGCACGCUCCACCCCCAGGGACCUGGUGUGGUGGAGAAAUUUGAACCCGCAGCCUUAGCACCGAAAGGCCGAGCUACCUGGCUCUCCCUGAGUAUCGAGGAGGACAUGAGCGAAAUGACCAGCGAACUCAUUUUUUAUAGGACUCCGUGAAGCUGGUUUCUGCGUUUUCCUCCAUGUAGACUCGUUUUGUGGAAUAGAGUUGACUGUUAUCUCCUCCGCGGAGCAUUUUAACUCUAAUAAGCAAAUGCCACCUUUGUUCGAACGUUUUGGUAUUUACGAGAGAGAAAUUAUUUUACCUAAGAGAACUAAUUGAAUUGUCAGCAUCAUCUUUGAAAUACCUCCGGAAAAGGAUCUGGGGGUGGAAAAGCUACUGCGAAAGAGCAGCCGGAGAAAUUGCUUUGGAAGUUAUUCCGUAGCAUACGAGCAGAAACUUCAGAGCAAGUUUUCAUUGGGCAAAAUGGGGGAACAACCUAUCUUCAGCACUCGAGCUCAUGUCUUCCAGAUUGACCCAAACACAAAGAAGAACUGGGUACCCACCAGCAAGCAUGCAGUUACUGUGUCUUAUUUCUAUGACAGCACAAGAAAUGUGUAUAGGAUAAUCAGUUUAGAUGGCUCAAAGGCAAUAAUAAAUAGCACCAUCACCCCAAACAUGACAUUUACUAAAACAUCUCAGAAGUUUGGCCAGUGGGCCGAUAGCCGGGCAAACACUGUUUAUGGACUGGGCUUCUCCUCUGAGCAUCAUCUUUCAAAAUUUGCAGAAAAGUUUCAGGAAUUUAAAGAAGCCGCUCGACUAGCAAAAGAGAAGUCACAAGAGAAGAUGGAACUUACCAGUACACCUUCACAGGAAUCAGCAGGCGGGGAUCUUCAGUCUCCUUUAACACCAGAAAGUAUCAAUGGGACAGAUGAUGAAAGAACACCUGAUGUGACACAGAACUCAGAACCAAGGGCCGAACCAACUCAGAAUGCAUUGCCAUUUUCACAUAGUUCAGCAAUCAGCAAACACUGGGAGGCUGAACUGGCUACCCUCAAAGGAAAUAAUGCCAAACUCACUGCAGCCCUGUUGGAAUCCACUGCCAAUGUGAAACAAUGGAAACAGCAGCUUGCUGCAUAUCAAGAGGAAGCAGAACGUCUGCACAAGCGGGUGACUGAACUUGAAUGUGUUAGUAGUCAAGCAAAUGCAGUGCACACCCAUAAGACAGAAUUAAAUCAGACAAUACAAGAACUGGAAGAGACACUGAAAGUGAAGGAAGAGGAAAUAGAAAGAUUAAAACAAGAAAUCGAUAACGCCAGAGAACUACAAGAACAGAGAGAUUCUUUGACUCAGAAACUACAGGAAGUAGAAAUUCGGAACAAAGACCUGGAAGGACAACUGUCUGACUUAGAGCAACGCCUGGAGAAGAGUCAGAAUGAACAAGAAGCUUUUCGCAAUAAUCUGAAGACACUCUUAGAAAUUCUGGAUGGAAAAAUAUUUGAACUAACAGAAUUACGAGAUAACUUGGCCAAGCUCCUAGAAUGCAGCUAAGGAAAGUGAAAUUUCAGUGCCAAUUGAUUAAAAGAUACACUGUCUCUCUUCUUAGGACUGUUUGGGCUCUGCAUCAAGAUUGCACACACACAAAAAAAUUUGAAUAUCACUCCUCCAGGAGGAGGAUCUUUUGAAAAUUGGAAUUGUAUAUUUCAGUGUAAAUUUUAGAACUCAGCUUGUAGCUAGUUGGGGAAAAAAAAGAGUUGAAAAACUUGAACUACAAAUUACCUCCAUGUAUAUUAUUGGCCAUAGUUAACUAGAAAGUUAUAAAUAGAUACUUAAUGCAAUCUUUUUCUUUCUUUUUUUUUUUUUUUUUCUGACUUUAGCCAAUGGGAGAAUUAAUGUCUUGGUCACAUCCCCUUUUUGUGUUCAGCACAGUGAAGAUUAUCUGCUUUUUAAAUUAAUUUCUUUCUGAUAUCUAGAGCUGUGUUUUGUGCAAAAACUUAGUGACGAAAGCCCUGUCUUUUGUUGUGAUCUGAAUAAUUUCUCAGGAUAUUUUUGCACUGCUGAGAAGCAGUGUCAUUACCAAUUAAUUCUUGCCAGGAGUGAGAGAGAGCUGCAUCUUCAGUGGAAACAUACUAUUACUGGGUGUAUAGAGUUCUUCCCUUUUUUGUCCUGGAAGACACUUCACUCUGGUGACUACUCUGGUACACUCUGGUGUUCUCUAACCUUGUCCGUUGUAGAGUUUACUUUUCCACAUUGAGUCCAUGUAUUUCCUAGAAGAUAUUGUCUCCCAUUUUAUUACACAUUUUAAAGCCAACUAACAAAGGCAGCUGAGUCCCUCAGAAAUUUUUCUUUUUAAAUUUCUAAUAAAUUUGACACACAGUACUGAAAUACAGCAGCCCGUCUUUGACGGUCUGGUCUAGCAAUGCUAAGUAUAUUUACAGAAUAUGCAGUUACAUUUAUUUAUAUAUUUUGCAAGAAAUCUUUUCUGAAUGAUCAAUGCAUUUCAAUUUACGAAUAAUAAUGGUUAUUGGGAACUGUUUAUUAUAGCUCAUUUUAAGGUGUACAGCUAUUUUAAAGGGGAUCCAUUUACAUCGAACAGCCGAUCAGAGGACUGUACCUAAUGGUGAUCGUGGCAGAUGGAGACGGAGUCGUGUGCUCUUUCUGGGGCUUCACAUCCACCACGUCUUUAUUCAAACCUCACAAGGCAAUAUUCUGAACUGUUAACCAGGCAUUUCAAAACAGGAAUUAAAUCCAAUAGGCUCUUCUCAGUAAACAGGUUUUAAUGUUGUUUUGAUGUAAUUUUAAAAGACUUUUAGCAAACAUGCAUUUCUUUAUAUAUUUCUUUUAUGAAGCUAUUUUAACAGUAAGCCAAGUGCUGUCUAGUCUGCUUAUGGAGUCGGGAUUGCAUCAGAGUACAUAUAUUCUCGCUGUACAACGCCUGUGAUGUGCAGGAGGGUUCUUUUUUAAAGUGUAUGCUUGAGUAUCUGACUCUAUGGAGUCUAUAAAUGCACUGACUUUUUGUUUGUACCCCCAAUGAUUGAAUUGUUAAGUACAAAAUUAAGGUAAUGAAUCAAUUUGUAACCAUUUUUUCACUCACAAACAGCUACUCAACACUAGACAAUUUUGUUUUAUAUGUAUGUGUAUGUACGUAAAUACAUACAUAUUAAUUUAUAUUAGAGUGAAAAUAAAUGGUUUGUUACUAAGUUAGUUUCUAAAGUGAGUUUUCAGGUGUCUCUGAAAAGUUUCUAUCAGAUACUUAAUCAUCAUGUAUUAUAUGUGCUAUACCAUCAUGUAAGUUACCGCCAUCUCUUUUAGGAUAUUUUCCUCACCUAUUUAUUAUAGGGAGAAUACUUUAGAUACAUAUGCUCAGAGCUGAGCUAUUUCUCUGAUAAAUCAGGUAAUAAAAUUUAUUUGAUUGAUGGAAUUUUGAAGUAGAUGUGAUUUUAUCCAUCAGUUUCCGAAUAACAAAGAGCAUCAGGUUUUAAUUUAAAUAGGGGAUUUAACACUAGGGAUCAGGGCAUUUAGUUAGGAAGAGUAAAACAAUUUUAAAAAAAACAGUGUAAGCUGUUGAAAUGGUAAGUGAAUUAUUUUAAUGACAUAAUACAGUAUUUUUAAAUUAUGACAGAGUGGUCAUUUAAUGGGAAAAUAACUCAGCAAAAUGUCUCCACUUGAAUUGUAUUGAUAAUGUGAGACAUAUGUGUAAUUCACUAUAUGCAUACGCCCAUAUGUAUAUACAGAAAAUUAUUUUUAAUAUUUUCCUACUGAUAAGAAAUUUAAAAUUGGGAAUUUUGUGAGUGUUUUCUUUGUCCAAUAGAGCCUAACUGUUUCUUUUUUCAGUAACUUACCAAUUUCUUGAGGGCUGCACCUUUCACUUCCCAGGUUGUCAACAGACACGCACAGCAUAUGGGAUAAGGUGGACACAAGUGCACAUAUAAAUAGAACCUUCUUGUCGAGACUAUUUUAAACAUUCUUUUACAGUAGGAGAAUAUCUAGAAAUCAUCAUCUCUAAGUCGUCAUUAGGUCGUGUGCCUACUGUAGUUUUUUUCCAUUUCUGUAUUAUAUAAAUAAAUGUUUGCAUAUUAAAAUUUGAUUUUUUUUUCCCCAGAGACAAGUACUAAUAUAAUAUAUCUAUAUUUAGAUCAACUGCGGUAACAUAUUUCUCAGAAAAUAAUGUUGGGAACUAUAGCCUGAACAUGUGGACUUGAAGUGACAAAGACAAGGGCAGAAGUUGAUCCCAUUGUGUAAAGUUAUUAUAUGAUAACUAUGAAUUCUUGUACAAAACUGGAAAAAAAAAAAAAGAAAAACAGAAAUACAAUUUUUAUUUUGAAAUACAUUUGUUGUUCUCUGGAGAAUGUACUUUAUCUUUUUUUUUCCCCUUCAAUCUUUUACAGAUAUUUAAAAACAUUUAAGUGAUGGCAGCAUUUACUUAAAUCGUACAGGUGCUACUGGAUUUUGCAUUAGUGUGUUAUGUUGUGAAAUCCUAACUUUGACAUAAAAGGUUUUAUAAGUAUUUCCCUGCCUGGAAAAUUAGUUUUUAUUCUCCGCCCUCCCCUUUCUUUCUGCAGACUAAAAAAGGUUCUCGAAGUCGCAUCUGUCUCUCUGUAGACGACCUCCAACACCGGCUUAGAUCUGAUGUAUUGCUGUCAUUGAGCUGUGGGAAGAGUUAGAGGAAAAACUCUUAUGCCUUUUUUUUUUAAGGUAGAACCAAAAUGGACACUCAAAAUUAAGCCACCUUUUAAAACUCAGCUCUUCCCCUUAUUAAAAUUAAACUUGUUCUUUUA